AUGCUGUUCUCUCAAAUUAGGGCUGGCUCCUCUCUCUCUCUCUCUCUCUCUCUCUCUCUCUCUCUCUCUCUCUCUCUUAUAUUCUUUUCCACAUUUGUGAAAGAUAUUAUGAAUACCAUCUUUGUCAUUUGUCUCAGUUGCACUUCUUCAAUCUUUCUUGAAAUUCUGCAACAAUUUUCUUUCUUUAUCUCUCCUCAAAUUUUUGCUUUAAUAUAUCCUCUAACUUUUUUUGUUCAUAUCUCCCCCAAUAUUUCACUUGUAAUAUAUCGUAACACAUUCAUUGUUAUUUAUUUUCCACUUUUUCUUUCUUCAUAUUUCCCCAAUCUUUCUCUCAUAACAUUUCUUAACUCAUUCAUUGUUAUUCCCGACUUUUUCUUUCUUCCUAACUCCCCAAUCUUCCAUUUUCUUUUACUUGUAAUAUUUUUUAAAUCAUUCAUUAUUAUUCAAUCUUCACUUUUUCCUUCUUCAUGUCUCCCCAAUCUUUUUCUUGUAAUCUUUUUCAUUCUUAUCAUUCAUUAUUAUUCAUUCUUCACUUUUUCCUUCUUCAUAUCUCCUCAGUCUUUUACUUGUAAUAUUUUUUUAAAUCAUUCAUUAUUAUUCAAUCUUCACUUUUUCCUUCUUCAUGUCUCCCCAAUCUUAAUUCUUGUAAUAUUUCUUAAAUCAUUCAUUAUUAUUCAUUCUUCACUUUUUCCUUCUUCAUAUCUCCUCAGUCUUUUACUUAUCAUUCAUUAUUAUUCAUUCUUCACUUUUUCCUUCCUCAUAUCUCCUCAGUCUUUUACUUGUAAUAUUUUUUUAAAUCAUUCAUUAUUAUUCAUUCUUCACUUUUUCCUUCUUCAUGUCUCCCCAAUCUUUUUCUUAUCAUUCAUUAUUAUUCAUUCUUCACUUUUUCCUUCUUCAUAUCUCCUCAGUCUUUUACUUGUAAUAUUUCUUAAAUCAUUCAUUAUUAUUCAUUCUUCACUUUUCCUUCUUCAUGUCUCCCCAAUCUUUUUCUUUCUUUUUCUUGUAAUAUUUUUUAAAUCAUUCAUUAUUCAUUCUUCACUUUUUCCUUCUUCAUAUCUCCCCAAUCUUAAUUCUUAUCAUUCAUUAUUAUUCAUUCUUCUUUUUUUUUCUUCAUAUCUCCUCAGUCUUUUACUUAUCAUUCAUUAUUAUUCAUUCUUCACUUUUUCCUUCUUCAUAUCUCCUCAGUCUUUUUUUCUUGUAAUAUUUUUUAAAUAUUUUUUCUUCACUUUUCCUUCUUCAAAAAUCAUUUUCUUUAUUAUUCAUUCUUCAUUUUUUCUUCCUUUUUUUCUUCAUAUCUCCUCAAUUUUUUUCUUUUCAUUCAUUUAUUAUUCAUUCUUCACUUUUCCUUCAUUCAUUAUCUUCCCAAUAUUUUCUCACCUCCCAAAUAUUUUUUUUUCAUUCCUGUUCAUGCUUUCUUUCUUCAUACCUCUCAAACCAUUUUUCUUUAUCACUCUUUCUUUCUUCAUCCCCCCCAAUCUUUUUCGUACCUCUCAAUCCUUUCUUUCUUUAUACCUCCCAAAUCAUUUUUAUUCAUACCUCCUAAAGCAGUUUUCUUCAUCCCUCCCCAACCUUUUUUCGUACCUCCCAAACCUUUCUUUCUUCAUACCUCCCAAAUCAUUUUUAUUCAUACCUCCUAAAACAGUUUUCUUCAUCCCUCCACAAUCUUUUUUCGUAUCUCCCAAACCUUUCUUUCUUCAUACCUCCCAAAUCAUUUUUAUUCAUACCUCCCAAAACAUUUUUAUUCAUCCCCUCCCCAAUCUUUUUUGCCUUCAUACAGCCCCAACCUUCCUCUUCAUACCUCCCAAAUCAUUUUUAUUCAUACCUCCCAAAACAUUUUUAUUCAUCCCCUCCCCAAUCUUUUUUGCCUUCAUACAGCCCCAACCUUCCUCUUCAUACCCCCCAAAUCAUUUUUCUUCCUCCCACAUCAAUCUUUCUUCUUUAUACUACCAACAAAUUUUUUCUUCACAUUUCCCAAAUCUUUUUUAUUAA